GCUAUAGCAACGAGUGCCGCUUUUGGCUUUUUGAUUUGCCAAGCGCUUUUUUGCUGUAGUUAUAUCCGAGUGUGGAAUUUGCAUAACUUGGACAUUUUACAAUGCCUAGCGGGCUUUAGACGUCGGCAGCUCAGUAUGGAUGGGGAUGUAGCUGGUAUUCGUAUUGAUCCACCAAUCGUAGAAUUUGUGGAUGCACCAGUUGGAGAGAUUUUGACGUCAGAUUUGAAAGUACAAAAUGUUAGCAAGAUCAGCAAAAGAAUUCGAUUUCAUGCCCCUGUAACGAGUAAAUUCCGACUGAGUGUGAAAAAUCCAACAAAACCAGUAGCUCCAGGUCUUGAAAUUUUGGCAACAGUUGAAUAUGUGAGUGAUGUCGCGGAAGAUGCCAGAGAUCGAGUGAUAUUAGCAGUAAACGAUGAUAUUGUUGAAAUACCACUUUACGCAUAUAUGCCAACUCCUCUGCUGGAUUUGGAAGGCCCAGUAGACUUUGGCAUGGUUGUUGCCAACAGCAAAGUUUUAAGUCAAGAAGUGGCUUUGAUCAACCAUGGCUCUAUGCCAGGCGAAUUUAAGAUCUCUUACAAUGGUGAUCUCCCAAUUGUGAUUGUUCCCACUAGUGGAAAAGUCAACCCCAAAACAAUUCAACUGAUUAAAGUAGAACUUGUCACUGAAAAUCCAUGUGUUGUGAAUGAAAUGGCCAAGGUCAAACUUGAAGGCUUGCAAGAUUCAGAACUGCAAAUCAAAGGAUGUAUUGUAGAACAAGGUUUAGAAUUGUUAUCGAGGGAGGGAAUAUCUCUCAAAUGUGUUUGUUUUGGUCCUGCAUAUUAUGGUACAGAUAGAAUUGAGCAGGCUAUUCUAUAUAACAAUGGACCUGAGGAUAUAAAAUGGGUUUCUGUGUUGGAGGAAGGAGCUGAUGGAGAAGAAGCUGGAACAGAUCUUACAAAGUCAACGGCUGCAACCUUAGCAACAUCACCAAUGGAGAGAAUUCGUGGAAAAGCUUACGAUAUAUUGACUUCGCUUGUUACUGUCAUUCCAAAUCAAGGAAGAAUUGGUCCUUACCAAAAGGUUCCUGUUUUCUUCAGAUUUAGUCCAAGAUUCAACAGUUCUACAGUUGGAUGGGAAGCAUGUGAAAAACCUCCACCACGACAAGAUUUUGCUUUAUUCAUGUCUUUUGAUAUGGUUGGUAGUAACGACAGCUUUCUCUCACCAAGCAAAAAAUCAAAACGACAAGUUGAAAUUGCUGUCACUGCAACUGCUGUUCCUGUGCUAGUAAACAUUCAACCCAGCAAUAUUUUCAAUUUUGAAGAGGUACCAUGUGGAGAAACCUCUAAAGCUGUUUGUACCUUGGUCAAUGAAUCUACAUUGUUACCUCUUCGCGUUGAGUUUCGGAAAGUAGCGCAUUUUGAUGUAGCACCAAUGCAAGGCAUAAUUCCAGCAGGAAGAAGCAAGGAUAUAUUCAUUACAUUUCAACCUCAUCAAGCGGGUACUUUUCAACCAAUUCAAAUUAUUGAUGUUAUGGGGGAAAUUCUUGUUGAUGAAAAUAUGUAUGAUAGAACACCCAAAUUAUUUUCAAGAAAAUUUCAAGAUAUUCCGAUUCAGUAUGUCGGUACUGCUGUUGCCACUUUGAAGAAGAAAACAGCGAGAUUGAAUCCAGGAAUUACUCCUCUCAUUACCAAUGAAACUGGACAAUUUGUUGAUAUAACAUUCGAUAAAUCAAAUCGUCACAAAUCUCAAACACGAGUUUCUAUGGUGAAAGCUAAUACUACAGGUCUUCACAUUCAUGCAGAUGAGAAAAAUGUUGGAUCAGCUUUUAUUGCAUUUCCAAAUGACAGGGCAAGAAGUAUUCGGCCAAGUGAGCGAAGUGUGGAAUAUCGAACUCCAUUUACUAAAACAAAACGCCACACUUAUGUUGACUCUGAUUAUGCUUUUACUGAAGAAGAAGAACUGAAAAAAAAAUUGCACAAAGAGAAAUAUGUUCAGUUUCUCAGAAAUGGAGCUGAUAAUAGAAAAGCCAAUCAUUAUGCUAAGGAAUUCAAAACACACAACAACAAUCUUGACCUUGGAUUAAAACCAGCUGCUGGUUUACAACCACCACGGCUGACAUCCAAAGAUAUCGAGAGCAAAAGAACCAAACCAAAUCCUGCAGUUUCUGAAAAAUUGAGGUUGUUAACAACAAGACAACUUGCAAAUCAAGAACGUAAUACUGCGGCACGACCAGUUAGUGAUGGCCUGAAUGCUGUACCAACAACUGAAUAUGAAAAAGUUGAUUGUAGGCAGCAGCUUACACCCCAGGAUUUGCACAAAAUAAUAAUUGGUCCACCUACCAUUGACUUUGGUCAAGUUUGUCUACGUUCAACAAAUAUGAAGCAAUUAAGUAUCAUCAACAAUCUUGAUCAACAUAUUCAUGUCCAGGUAACAAUAGAUUGCAGAGAAUUGCGUCAGACGUCACCAUUAUCACAAGUUGUUCCUCCGGGCUCCAAAGCCCAACUGAGUCUUGUCUUUGAAUCCAGUGUUGAGGGAAGAUUUCAAAGAUCUAUUGUUUAUACUGUGAACAACCAAAAUGAAAGCCACAUACUCGUUCUUGGUACUGUUGUUCCUGUUGCAUUGGAAUUGAAUUCGAAUAAAUUGGAAUUGGAGCCAACACCUGGGAUGCCUGCUGAAGCAGGGUAUAGAUCGGUCGUGACUUUAUAUAAUCGUCGAAAUUACGGUGCUGAAUUCACCUGGUCACCAAUUCUCACUGAUCGAGGAACUGCAUUUUCAGUUCGACCAGCUACCGGUGUUGUAGAAGCUUAUAAGGACUUGAAAUGCGAGGUUGUAUUUCAUCCGAGUUAUUUUGCACCCUUGGAGGGAAAUUUUCAUUUACAAGUUCAUAACGGGAAUUCAAUGCAUUUGUCAUGUGUUGCAAAACUGGGGGCAGCAAAUGUUCAGUUUGUUGAGCGUCGAAUUCAAUUUGGAAGUGUACCGUUGAAUAUGAGAACAGUCCGUACUGCACUUCUACAUAAUUCCGGACGAAACCAUGCAUUGUUUUAUGUAGUGAAUUCAAAUCCAUUCCCUGGGAUGACUGUUGCACCUGUUCAUGGUGUGGUUCCGGUGGGUGGAAAUACAGAGUUGAAGGUAUACCUGCAACCAACAGCUGCAAUGAAGUUUGACACUUGGAUACGAGUUAAUAUUCGUGGAUCAAAAACAAUUGAUUUGAGAAUGGGUGGGACUGUUGAUCCACCUGCUGUUGAUAUUGAUGUUAAGGCAUUCAAGUUCAGCGGUGUCUAUUGCAAUUCAACUGUCACAAUACCAUUUAAUUUAAUAAACCUGACAUCAACACGAGUGAAAGCUGAUUUUGAUUUAUCAAAACAUACUGAUUUUGUUCUUUCUUUUCCGGAAGAGGAAGUGGACGAUGAUCCAAAUGAUCAACUAAGUUUACUUCCAAAUACAUAUUCUGUUGAACUUGCUGGUGAACAAAGUCUGCCUUGUACUCUGACCUUUCACCCUACUUCAGUUGCAUCUUAUGAUUUCAAUCUUCCAGUAACUGUGAACAAAACGGGUGCUCCCAGUCCUUCUCCAAGUACUUUCCCACCUACUCCUGCUCCAUCUGAGAAGCAUAUUGUAACACCAAGACCGAUUAUUGUAACAAUUGCAACACCAAGACGAAGAAUCACGGCUACUGCCUUAAGGCCAUUGUUACAUUUGUCUUCUUGCAGAUUGGAUUUCUCUCUCCCUGUAUCAUUCAUGGAUAUGCCAAUGCCAGAUCAUGCUGUUGGAGAUAAAAAGCAAAUAUUAUUUGCUAAUAAUACCAAUAGUAAAUUACAUUGGAAACUUGACAUACAAAGGACAAAAGGUUUGCUGGAAGAUUCAUCAUUCAUCUUCCUAAAACCUGGUGGUGCGGCAUAUAAAGCCGGUGAAGUAGAAGGAACAUUAGACUCUGAGGAAUCCUAUACACUGACUAUUCUAUUUUGUCCAAGAAAAGCUGGAAGUUAUUCUUACAAAAUUCCUGUUAUAUUGAAUGGUGACGAAAGAAACCCUUACAGAUAUUUGGAACUGAAUGCACGCAUUCAAACUCCUAUGAUUACAUUCGAUCCACUAGCAUUAGUUCUAACUCCUGUUCCUCUGGCUACUGCUGUUUAUGCCGAGUUUAACAUUAUCGCUACUGGAUAUCACAGAGAAACAAAACUGAACUACUCGAUUCCUGAAGUGGAAGCUGAAGAUGGUUCAAACAUACAAUGCUUUUCAAUUGAAUUUCCAGAAGGAAUGACAAUAUCUGAACAAAAUCAAUCUGGAACAAACAUGGAUGAAAACACUCUUGCUAUUUUACCUUGCGUUUUGUGCUUUUCCUCUCCAAAACCAGUUUCUGCUUGUAUUGAUAUACAAUUCACAGAUAGCAACAACAGAAAGUUCGUGAUCACGGUCACUGCAACAGCCGACAAUUGUCUGUUGACUGUUUAUCCCUUUCUUGCGGCUCAUCGUAAUGAUCAUCAAAUAGUUUGUGAACAGGACAAAGCAAUUCGAGGCCAUGCUCAUGAUGGAAAUUCAGUAGGUCUUGGUGAAGCAGUAAUAUUACCAUGUACUUCUCCUCACCGCCCUUCCACCAGGGGGAGCACAAGUGCAACAAGUUCUCAUUUCGGAGCUUCUUCUUCAACAUAUGAUGAUUCCAGCAAUAGUGUGUCUGAUUCAUCAAUUUCUUCAACUUCCUACUAUUGUUCCUGUUAUACUUUUCCCUCCUUCUCUACCCCUGCCUCCCUUUCCAUACUAUCGGACAAUUUAUCAGAGUCUGACUUUGUGCAUUCACCAAGAGAAGGUGCAGCCCAGCCUGUUGCAAUCGGAUCUAAUAACAAUAACAUCGAAAAUGAUGUGGAGUCUUUGUCAAGAAACAAAAUGCAACCUUCUUCUCAGGAUCCUUCAAGGGCAGGAGAAGACUCUCAAAGAGCUGUACAGGUAUCAGAAGUUAUUCAAGCACGAUCUGAACCUCUUGCAGCAGCUCGUCGUGAUCUUGUGUCCAGAUCUCUUGGAUCUGCUGCUUUUCCUUUUGAUAGCUCGUUAGAAGCUCAUUUUCACCAUGAAGUGCUACAAUCUGUUCAGCGUUGGUUUUCAAACUAUGGAUGGCCUGGAGGACCGUUUCCUAUCACAGUUCCCCACUCACUAAGGAGUCUAAUUACAAGGAUGCCAUAUGAUGAUAGUGAGACUGGACCUCCAUCUAAUAAAGCUCGACAUAGACCUCGGCCAGGUGCUUCUAAUAAACAGGCCAGACCUGUAUAUACCGGAUGCGAUGUCAGUAGUUUGAGGAAAGAUGUCAAAACGAUUUAUGAUAUGCUGCAGCAUAUGUGUGGGAGAAUGGUACCAGGUAUUCCAAUCAACCAACCUUUGCCUCGGGAUCCAGCAGAACGUGUUCUUCAAUUGCAUUGGCAACAUUCAACAUUGCUCACCUUCUUGAGGGGCCAAGGUGCUUCUAUUGCAGCAAUCCGACCCGAAUUCCUAUUCACUCCUCGAGAUUACAGAAGAUGGGUUAAAAUACGAGAAAAAGAAGCAAAAAAAGAGUCGAAAGAGUCAAAUAAAAAUGAUGAUCUCAAUUCGGAAUUAAAACUUGCACCAGAACAUGUACCAGGAAAACAAAAAUUGACUCCUUCCAUGCUUCAUAUUGAGGAAGAGUUAUUCGAAUCUGUAUCAAAGAGAGCUUGGACCGAUUUAUUGCUUCAGCUAAUUAAGGUCUUGGUGUUAUCUCGAGUGACACCUAAACAUUAUCGAAGUAUCAGAUCCAUGGAAGAAGGUUUUUCAUUACCAACUGUUAGUUCAGAUCCUCUGGCAAGUAAUGUUUACAGUGUGGGAGAGAGAAUAAUCCUGGCAUGGAUGAAUCAUCACUAUGAAAGACAGAGACACAGGGUCUGGGGAUGUUUUGAAUCAUCUAAUGAAAGUGAGAAAGGAGGAGUUCCACCUUCUCGUUGGGUUGUUAAUUUUGAUUUUGACUUACUUGAUGGUCUUGUGAUUGCUGCUGUUGUUGCAGCACAUUGUCCAUGGCUGAUUGAUAGAUACUUUCGAGAAAUGUACACCGCUCCAGCAAGUCCAGAACAAUGUCUUCACAAUACAUUAAUUCUUGUCAAUGCUCUUGCACAAGUUGGAAUUGAUUAUGACAUUCAAGCUACAGAUAUCACUGAUCCAAAUCCUAUUCCUUUACUUUUGCUUUGUAUUCAUCUGUAUGAACAUUUACCACAAUAUGCUCCAAAGUCGAAAGUUGAUUUCACAGGAGCAUUGCACAGUAUCGUUCACAGACAGGUUCGAAUUAACAAUCCAAGCACAAAACCUCUUGUAUACAUGGUCAGUGUGUGGGGAAGAGAUGCCAAAGAUUUUUAUUUGCCAAUUGGGGAUGAGAUCACUAUACCACCGAGAAAUGAGAAGAAUCUGGACAUUGAGUUUGCAAGUAGGUUUUUGCGACCGGCAGAAGCUAUAUUGGUCCUUGUAGGUAGAAGGGAAGCUGCUUUUAGCGGAUCGGAAACUAGGGGAAUUGGUGUUGGAUCUACAUUGGUGUUCGAUAUGGAAACAUCAAUUGAUGACAUUACUCCUCUUGAUACAAUUAAAUGCCAAACUGCUUGUUAUGAACCGAAGAAAUUGGAUUUGAAAGUGAUGAAUCCUUUCCCAGAAGGAGGAAAUUUCAAAAUUAUUUUGAUUGAAUCGAGUGAUUCUCUUCCUACUCCCAUCGAUGUUGGAAGAACUCACAGUGUUAAAAGUAAAAAGAGUACUUUGUCAUCAAGAAUCAAGUCUGUGAGAUCCAGGACAGAUCAUGGACAACAAAAAUCCGGUGGAGAUAGAAGAGAGCUAGGACCUGUGUCACAAGGAAAUAGUUCUCCAGAUGAUGAUUUGACUACCUUAGGUGGUGACAUCCAUGUACCGGGAGUGAGAGCAGGGCAGGGUCCCAGGGGUCUGUAUCAUGGACGAAUGGCCCCACAAUUGACAGCUUUUUUCUGCAAGGAAUCUCACAUUUAUCUUGAAACAGAGAGACCGACAGUAUUGAAGCUUGAAUAUCUGCCAUUUAGAACUGGCAAAAAAUAUUGUUCGAUAUUAUUCAGUAGUGACACUGUUGGAGAAUUUAUAUAUGCUAUUGAAUCAAAUGCAACUCUUCCACUUCCAUCCCCAGUGCCAUUCAAUCCUAACUCUCCCCAGUCUGUGAGAAUCUCAAGUGCUGCAGCAGCUGAACGAGGAAAAGGACUAUUUGGUGGAAAUGAAAAGAUUGUAUACUGGAAAUGUGAAACUGGUACACAACUUCAGGAAACAUUACUGUUACCUGUUACUAAUGAAGCGAAAGAAAAUGCACUUGUAAUCGCUGCACAACAAAGAAUGUCUGAUAAGGAAAAAGAGAGAAGAUUAUUGACUGGAACACUCAACAGUGGCACUGUAACAGCGAAUAUUGCAGCAAUGGGACUGUACAACGUUGCAGACUUUCAACCACGAGCAUCAACACAUCCUCAAUCAGCUCCUCCCCUCCCACUUGGUACUCUCUUCAGUGUUGAAGCAUCAUCUGAUUGUUUUGAUGUAUCAGCGACAAUUACUCUUCCAUCACCUAUGACAUUUGGUCCUCUACCAGCUUCUGAAAUUAAAGGAUCAAAAUAUGGGCCCAAUGAUAGACAGGAUGACGGUGCAGUACCAUUGAAAGUUAAAUUCAAACCUCGAGGUCCUGGGCAUUAUCCAUGUGAUAUUAUAUUGCGAUCCCUGGAUGAUAUACGUGUGUACAGAAUUGAAUGCACAGUGACACCUGCUGGAACGAUGGCUCAUUUUGAAUUUAGAACACCUGCUCACCAAACUGUGACUCAAAAUAUACCAAUUCAAAAUGCAUCAAACCAUGACUGGAAUCUUGAAUGCAAAUUGCAAGGUGAAGGAUUUUUGGGACCUUCUUUCCUACUUGCCCGAUGUGAAACUACUACUUACUAUCCUUUAACAUUCAAACCACAAUUUGAAUGCAAUAUCAGUGGCAAGUUGAUAAUAAGAAACAGAUCUGAUGGAACAGAGCAUGUCUUCCUUUUACGUGGUAUUGGUGAACGUCCUCUUGCUCUUGCUGCAUUAGAGAUUCAGUGUCAGUGUCGGAAAACAAUGAAUAGAUCUGUUGAUGUUCCAAACUACACGCAGAAAAAAAUUAUUUACAAAGUCCUCUCUGAUAUUCCUUUCUUGGAUGGACCCUCAACAGUAACUGUUUUAGCUGGUCAGACUGCAACUUACACUUUUACAGUAUGCCCGUGGUCUCGUGGGGAAUAUAUUGGUACAAUCACAUUUCAAGGAGAUAAUGUUGAAAGUGCGAGACAAAUAAAAGAAGAUGAUUCCGAUUCAGAGAAUGAAGGAGAGAGUGAAGAUAAAAUAAUGAAAUCAGAUGUCAUUGUUGCAUCACCAAUGAAAAUUAACAAAAGCAAUGAUUGUGACAGUAGCUACAGAGUUUGGUACACUAUAAUGAUAGAUGCAUCUCCACCACCACCAGAGAAGAAAAUUGAAAUUGUUUGUCCUGCUCAAAAGUCAUCAGUUCUAGAAAUUCCUAUCAAUAAUCCGACCACUGAUCCUAUUACAUUCAAUGUGUCAUACAAUGGCCAAGAUCUUUCUGGGGAUAAGUCAUUGAAAAUUCAGCCUAGAAUUCCAGCAACAUAUCGAUUAACUUACUCACCACAAGUUGUUGGUGAAGGAUCUGGUAGUGUUGUCUUUCAAAGUGAUCUGACUGGUGAAUUCUGGUAUGAACUUGAUCUUCAUGCAGUUUCACCUUCUCCUGUUACUAUACCAAGAAUGGAAUGUGAACUAGGUCGAUGGACAAGACAAUAUAUCAGUGUCACAAACACAACACAAAAACCGAUGGAAAUAACUGCAGAACUGAACAAUAAUUUGAAUUUUUCUCUUGAUAUGGAUGUUGAGGAAGAGCAACCAGUUAUAAGGGUUCCUGCUCGUUCCACAGCUGAUAUUCCUAUUCAAUUUAUGCCUACGUCUCUCGGUGGGCACAACCAUGAAGCUACUGUUACACUGAUGUCAAAAGAACUUGGAAAAAUUGUGUAUUGGAUAAGUGGUCAAGGUUUAGUACCAAAACCAAUGGAACCAGUCAGUGUCAGUGCGAGUGUGGGAUCAAACACGUCACUUAUUUUACCUUUCCGUAAUCCAACUGAUGUUGGUGUCUAUGCGGAUGUUUAUCUUUCUGAUUUUGAUCAAACUUUGAAUCAAGUUUCUGAUUCUGUUAUCAGAAACAACAUUACAAUGGAUUCCUCAUUUUGUCUUUUGUUGAAACACACAAGUGGGAUCAGAUUAGAACCAAAACAAUCGAUCGAUAUUCCAUUCACGUUUUCACCCGAUAAGAUGAGAUUAUAUGAAGGAGUAUUAACAAUUGCAUUAAGAAGAGAAGAUGAAAAACCAUGGAACAAUGUAAAUACUGGAAUUGGAGAUUUGACUGGCACCAGUACACUGGAUGAUAGCCGUGAAGACUUUGAAAAAAUUAGACCUCUCAGUAGAAAUAAUGAUGGCACAAUCAAAGCAAUAAGAUGGGUUUUUCCAAUUCAUGGAAUUCCGGAGAUCAGAACUAAAGAAAGCAAAGAAGCAAUUUUGCAUUGUCAAGCUCGCAGUCGUAUUGAAGAAAGAUUAGAGGUGACAUUGACUGGUGCUGUACCAAGUUCUUCUUCUACACAUGAACUUGCUCGAUUGCGUGCAGUCACUCCUCUUGAUAAACUGAGAGAAACAAGAACCAUGAUGUCAGAAGGAGUGGCUGUAGAUGGUCACAUGGUUGCUGAAGAAUUUUCAUUUUCUGUUGAUUAUCCAUCUGAAGAAGUUCAACAUAUACUCGAGCCAGCACUUGCACUGAGUCUUGUUAGAAAAGAAAGAGAUCCACAUUCAGGACUUGUAACUCUACUUUUCAAUGUUAUAUUUGCUCCGUUCAAACCAUUCAGUCACACCGUUACUCUUACUGUAACCUCAGCUACUGGGGGUGUCUGGCGAUUUCCACUCAUGGUUAAAUCAUCUGAAUGCCCAGCUGAUGACAUCAUCACAUUAGAAGCAGCAGGAUUGGGGAAACCAUCAACAGUGGCUUUUACUCUGUAUAGUCAUUCAAGGCAUCCAGCUCCGUUUAAUGCAUUCUUUAUGCAAGGCAGUGAUCCAGAGCUAACAGUCAGUCCUCAGACUGGUGAAUUGUUACCACAGGGAAGUGAAGGAACCAAAAUUCAUGUCACAUUUACUCCUUCAAUGUAUGGAAAAUCUUACAGAGCAAGACUGCUUGUUCAGACACUGGACAUGCAAUGGACAUAUGAUGUACGUGGAGUGACACCCGAAUAUAAGGUUCCACAGGCACCAUCAGUAGUCUUGUCAACACUGACUCAAGCAGCUUCUAUCCGACGUACCGUGGCACAGCGUCCAAGAGUCAACUAUGUCAGGAAAAACAUUAAAAUUACUGCAACGGGGGUUUCAUCACCUAUUAAAGGAGGGCCUCUUGUGGUCAAAACCAAAUAAUAUUUGUAACCUUUGAUAAUUAUUUUCCACUGUGUUUGUUUUAUUUGCUUCAUUGUAGCUUAUAUAUAGGGAGUGAUUACCAUUAAUGCUUCAAAAUCAAAUAGAAGUGUGCAUUUAUGAUUUUGUCCUUGAUAUAAAGAUUGAUAUCCUGAGUUAGAUACUUGUUUUUCUGUGUGUACUUGAAAUUCUCUAAGUCUAAUAGCUUUUCAUAGCGUACUUUAUCUCGCUGUGUUUUUUUAUUGUGACAAAUAUAAGAUACUUGUUUUCUGUGUGUGUACUUGAAAUUCUAAGUCUAAUAGCUUUCUUUCAUAGCAUAUUUUAUCUCGCUGUGUUUUUUUAUUGUGACAAAUAUAUAUUAGUUUGUAUUAA